AUGCAAUACUACGCGGAGUUAAUCCUUUGCUUUGUCAUAUUAGCUGUGACGCAUGGUGUCAGACAUGAGAUUCUCUCCAUUAGCGGCGAGGACGUCCUUUUGCGCUGUGCUGCGUCAGCUAAGCCCGACGUCCAGUAUCGGUCGGUGAUAUGGUACAAGGUUAUUAAAGAGCCUUCCAGGCAGUUAACUGGUCUUGUAAUGAAGAAACUGACUCAAAGCAAUAGCAAAGUUAAAAAAUAUAAAGGCGUUGAACGAGAUAUAGAGUUACUCGAGGACUCAAAGUACCUUCUUCUGCCCAAUGUGACUACAGAAGACAGCGGUAUAUACAGCUGUUUCCUUUACGCUCCCCUCGGGCAUCAGAACCAGGAAGGCGAGGUGCAUCUAAAGGUCUGUGAGCAUCCUAAAGUAGAGGAAAUGCAAUCAACUAAAAACGAUACAAUUUAUGUUGUGGUGGCUAUCACAGUACUUGUGUUGGCACUCCUCAUGCUGUGCAUAAGCUAUGUUUGUGUUAGGAAUGUACCCCAAGGCAGCAAGAAGCUCACUAAAGACUUUCGGCUGAAAAUGCCUCAUCAAGGCAAGAAAUUAAUCGUCACUUUGCAGUCCAAAAAUGUGGUUUGCAAGACCUUACCUGAAGUCUAUGUGUGAUAGUAGAGUCAGUGCUCAGAAGAAAUCACACAAAACUUUCCGGAUGGGUCACCAAAAGUGAACAGAGCAAGUUCAGAAGAGGACUAUUCAGGACAGAGCAAAGAGAGUGCUUGUAUAGUUACCUAUACAAGUUUGUGUCUAAUGGUCAGCAUAUGGCAAAAACAUACAUGCAUGAAAGUUUCAACAUCAUUGAUACCAUCAUUUGAGAAAUGCAUCUUUACAUCAUGGAUGUUGAAGCAAGAUAGAAACGCACACAUUUUAUAUAUAGAAAUCGUGCAUGCUUAAUGAAGGAUGCUUGUUCUUGAGUAUAGACACCAUGGAAGAGGAGUGACCUUGUGAUAGAAUUGUGUUGAAUGCUGUUAAAUAAUAGGAAAAUCCCUUGACAAGCACACCUAAACACACCAAAUCAUUCAAUCAAUAGAUUAUAAAAAAGAGGAAAGUCUUUUAAAAUGCUGGGGGGAAAACUAUAUUCUGUGUAUGAGCAGAACUCAUAAAUAUGAAAAUAUUAUUUUUAUAUUCAUUUUAUUUAUUUAUAAUGUUUAUGAUGCAUUGUUAUCGUACACAUGCUUAUUGAAUCCCAGAAUCAGUUGUUUGAGAAAUGUUAUUACUCACAUCUUCUGGUAAAUUAUGUUAACACCAAUAAAAA